GAGACCAGAGACCAGAUCCAGCAGACAGAAGAAACUAGACCAGCCGACAGUAUGCAGUACGUUUGUUGUCCCGCCGUCUUGGUCCUCCUGGCACUGGUCCUGUGCGGCCCGGGUGUUUCCUCACAGCCCGACAGAGAUCAGGACCAGGAGCAGUACCGGAACCGGGACCUGGACCUGGAGCUGCAUCCCAAUAGGCUGCUGCAGCGAGCUCGCAGCGCCGGCCUCCUGUCACAGGACUGGAGUAAACGUGCGGUGGAGGACCUGUUGGCUCAGAUGUCUCUGCCGGAGGCCGACGCCCAGCGGGAGGCUGAGGUCGUUUCUAUGGCAACAGGUGGAAGGAUGAACCUGGAGCGGUCCGUCGACCCCCCCAACAACCUGUCCCCCCGCGAACGCAAAGCGGGCUGCAAGAACUUCUACUGGAAGGGCUUCACGUCCUGUUAGGCCCCGCACAGCUGCCGCGUGGCGACCAAUCCCAGAUCACCUGACCUUCACCUGAGCGACUGGACGGACCAAUCAGCAGCUCUCUAGCUACAGUACUCCUGAAUAAUUCAUGUAUUAUCAAUUAAAAAGAUAAAUCAGUUAA